AUCGGGGGUAAGAGUAUGAGGGAUGCGCUUGGUCGCUCAUCUGUCGCAAAUCGCCAUAACUUCUUAAUCUCACUUCCGGACACUCUUCCCCAGAUCGUCCUCGCGGAGGCUCUUCGCGGCCGUGACGCCGUGUCGCUCGGCUCGUCGUUCGGGGUGGCGUCCUCGCCCGUGGUGCUGCGCCCCGGCCAGAUGCUGCUGCCGGGCUUCGUCGACGCUCACGUCCACGCCCCCCAGUUCCCCAACGCGGGCCUCGGGUACGACAAGACCCUCCUGGACUGGCUCCAGACCUACACCUUCCCGCUCGAGGCGCGCUACGUGGACCAGGAUUUCGCAGCCCGAGUGUACGAGGCCGUCGUGCGGCGCUGCCUCAGCGCGGGCACCACGCUGGCCUGUUACUUCGCCACCAUCCACCCCGAGAGCUCGCUGCAGCUGGCGCGGAGCGUCGUGCGCGCCGGCCAGCGCGCCCUCAUCGGCAAGGUCAACAUGAACGUCAACAACCCGGCCGACUACAAUGAGACCACGGAGCAGUCCGUCAACGACACCAUCAGUUUCGUGGACAGGCUGCAGCAGCUGCAGAGCCCGCUAGUGCAAGCCGUCGUCACGCCCCGGUUUGCCAUCAGCUGCGACAUGGACCUCAUGAAGAAGCUCGCCGACCUGGCGAGGUCCAGGAACCUACACAUCCAGACCCACAUCUCGGAGAACAUGGGUGAGAUUGAAGCGGUGCGGGGGCUCUACCAGCAGUGCGCCAACUACGCAGAAGUGUACGACCGGGCGGGCCUGCUUACAUCCAAAACCGUCCUGGCUCACGGCGUGCACCUGCUCGAGGACGAGCUCCGCGUCCUGGCGGAGAGGGGGACGUCCGUGGCGCACUGCCCGACGUCCAACACGUGUUUGCGGAGUGGUCUGUGUGACGUGCGCAGGCUCCUGGAUGCGGGAGUCACCGUCGGACUCGGAACAGAUGUAUCCGGUGGUCCGAGUCCUAGUAUUCUAGAUGCCAUCCGAGCAGCACUUGAUACUUCUAUUCAUGUGUCAUUCUCGAAGAAGAAUUAUAAACCAUUAAACUACCAAGAGGUAUUUUACCUUGCCACGAUGGGAGGAGCCAAAGCUCUAGCCAUGGAUAACAUUGUCGGGAACUUUGCGGUGGGUAAAGAAUUUGACGCUUUGCUAGUGAGUGUACCAGAUCCUGAUCUUCAUAUUGAAACACUAGAUAGUUUACAACAGCUUCAGAAAUUUUUGUACUGUGGAUCCGAAAGAAAUAUCAAAGAGGUUUAUGUUCAGGGACGGUCAGUGAAAAAAGCAUUUUAGAAAAGCAGUUUAUGUGAUGUAAGAACACCAAUGAUGAAGUACUUAAGAGACUGAGCAAAGAUCAUAAUAGCUUAAGUGAUAACUAUUAACCUAUAAAUAAAAAUUCGUAGCUUGGAAAAUAUGCCAUAAAUUGAAAUAAGAUCAUAAUUAUUUUAUGUAACAUGAUCACGAUGUUUUCAUAUGCUCUUGUAAAUUUAGAAACAAAACUAAGCCUUAUUGAUUAAGUUUUGAUUUUUUUUGUGCUGUUCUUAUAAUUGGUACUCUGCCAGAGAUGAGUGAUGGAUUGAAAGUAACAUGACAAAAUACUUCCAUAGAUUCAAAGUUUAUUACUUGGGUAUAUCAACUACAAUACAAAUAAAAAUUUACUACAGAAAACACUUAAAAGAAAA